AAGCUAUUUGAAGAGCAUCGGGAAAGAUAUCGGCUCACUUUAACGGAGAAGAAUAAUGAAAUUCAACAUUGGAUUCGGAAGUACAAACGGGAUACUGAGGUAUUACAAGGUAUUUUGGAAGAACAAGAACGAGUUGAGUCUGAAAAUCGUGACUCGAUAACUCAGCUUCAAAGUGAGAUAAAUAAGUUGCAACAGAGAAACAAGUUUCUAGAGUCAGAGGUUGAAUCGGCCAAAGAACAAGGCGAAGUUGAUGUCUGUCUAUUAAAGGAAAGAUUUCAAAAAGACUUGACGUCUCAACUUCGAAGACAGAGUCGAUCAUUUUUGGUUGCCGAGGAGAGUGUAAGAAAUGAACUUACUGAAUUGGGAGAAAAAUAUAAUGAGCUGGAAAAGCAAAAUCAACAACUUCAUCAACAAAUGGAAGAGCAACGUGACGAAAUAAAGUCAUGCCUGACGGGAAUUCUUUGUCUUUCUGAUGGUGAAAACACCCUUUCCUUGCCAGACGUUCUUGCUUUGUUACAAAACGUUUUAAUGGAGAAUAAGCGCACUAUAGAAGAGCUUAUGGAACAAGUGAAUGAAUAUAAACAGGUGAGAGAGAAAUUGCGUUCGCCAGAUAUCGUCGAGGAAUAUUGUGAUGAUAACAGUGAUGAUAACACUGAUGAUAGACAGAAGGAUUAUUACCACCACUGUAGACGAGCAAAAUGGCAACGUGUCGUUAGAGUAAGUUAUGAUUUGGUUGGCGACGAUUUAGAACCAGAAAACCAACUAAAAAUGGACGGGUUUUUGAAACCUUUAGAAGUUGAUCCGUGUCUACAAAGGAAAAAACAUUCACUUAAAGAUAGUUUGGAACUUGCCGACGAACAGCUUGACCAUUUACAUCGACUUAGUCGUCAAGGAUUUAAUUCUCUUGAAACGUUAGGUGAAGAUAGCUUUGAGGAGAUUUAUCUGGAUGAUCAGAUUAUUGAAAGUGAUAGUUUCACGGAGUCAAUUACUUCUGACAAUAAUCGUACUGAAGAAGAAAAAGAAUGGGACAAACAAUGCGAAAGGAAUCAUGGCUAUAAACAAGUUUUAACUUCUAAUGUCCAAGUAAGUCCAAGAUUGUUUAAACAAUUGUCCUUGGUGUCUCAACCUGAUCUUAAUCCUACAAAUGAAGAAUUGGAAAUUAUCAAUAAUGAAACAGGGGGUUGUGUUAACUCAGAAAAAAAGGAUACCGAAAAUGACGAAGUUGAUGCCAUGAUUGUUAGAAACGAACAAAGCAUCAAAAAUGCUGUUGAUAACGAUAAAGAUAUCGACAACAAAGAUAAAGAUGAAAUACAUAUGAUAAAUCUAUAUGGGUCUCUUGUUGAUCAGCAGUUUGGUGGCGUCAAUUUUAUAGGAACGAAUGAUGGUGGUGCUAUUUCAUUUGAUCAUUGUGCUCGAUAUGAUGUUAAGGAUAAUCAAAGAACUAUAGAAGAGGGGUUUCCCAAUGGAAUACCUAAGGUUAUCCUUCAGAAGGAUCGUAACCAUAAUUUUCAUGAUCUUGUUGGUCAAGACCAUCUUACUUUGAAACAAGAUAUGAUUGACCAAGGUAAUUACCAUCCAUCUCAACAUGGUAAUGAAACUCAUCAUAUUGAUGAUAAUGACGAAGAUUCUUGUAGAAAUGACGACAAUUCCUGUGAUCUUAAUCGAAAUUAUUUCACGAAAGACGUCAAAUCUGAUUGUUCACAUCCUGAAAUUGUUGUUGAUAACGUCAAAUUUGAUGAUUCAUAUCCCAAUGCUGUGGUUGAUAACGUCAAAUCUGAUGAUUCAUAUCCCAAUGUUGUAGUUGAUAACGUCAAAUCUGAUGAUUCAUAUCCCAAUGUUGUAGUUGAUAACGUCAAAUCUGAUGAUUCAUAUCCCAAUGUUGUAGUUGAUAACGUCAAAUCUGAUGAUUCAUAUCCCAAUGUUGAUAACGUCAAAUCUGAUGAUUCAUAUCCCAAUGCUGUGGUUGAUAACGUCAAAUCUGAUGAUUCAUAUCCCAAUGUUGUAGUUGAUAACGUCAAAUCUGAUGAUUCAUAUCCCAAUGUUGUGGUUGAUAACGUCAAAUCUGAUGAUUCAUAUCCCAAUGUUGUGGUUGAUAACGUCAAAUCUGAUGAUUCAUAUCCCAAUGUUGUAGUUGAUAACGUCAAAUCUGAUGAUUCAUAUCCCAAUGCUGUGGUUGAUAACGUCAAAUCUGAUGAUUCAUAUCCCAAUGUUGUUGUUGAUAACGUCAAAUCUGAUGAUUCAUAUCCCAAUGUUGUGGUUGAUAACGUCAAAUCUGAUGAUUCAUAUCCCGAUCCUUUGGUUGAUAACGUCAAAUCUGAUGAUUCAUAUCCCGAUCCUUUGGUUGAUAACGUCAAAUCUGAUGAUUCAUAUCCCAAUGCUGUGGUUGAUAACGUCAAAUCUGAUGAUUCAUAUCCCAAUCCUUUGGUUGAUAACGUCAAAUCUGAUGAUUCAUAUCCCAAUGCUGUGGUUGAUAACGUCAAAUCUGAUGAUUCAUAUCCCAAUGCUGUGGUUGAUAACGUCAAAUCUGAUGAUUCAUAUCCCAAUGUUGUGGUUGAUAACGUCAAAUCUGAUGAUUCAUAUCCCAAUGCUGUGGUUGAUAACGUCAAAUCUGAUGAUUCAUAUCCCAAUGUUGUGGUUGAUAACGUCAAAUCUGAUGAUUCAUAUCCCAAUGCUGUGGUUGAUAACGUCAAAUCUGAUGAUUCAUAUCCCGAUCCUUUGGUUGAUAACGUCAAAUCUGAUGAUUCAUAUCCCAAUGCUCGGUUUGAUAACGUCAAAUCUAAUGAUUCGUAUCCCAAUGUUGUAGUUGAUAACGUCAAAUCUGAUGAUUCAUAUCCUAAUGUUGUAGUUGAUAACGUCAAAUCUGAUGAUUCAUAUCCCAAUCCUCGGUUUGAUAACGUCAAAUCUAAUGAUUCAUAUCCCAAUGUUGUGGUUGAUAACGUCAAAUCUGAUGAUUCAUAUCCCAAUGUUGUGGUUGAUAACGUCAAAUCUGAUGAUUCAUAUCCCAAUCCUUUGGUUGAUAACGUCAAAUCUGAUGAUUCAUAUCCCAAUCCUUUGGUUGAUAACGUCAAAUCUGAUGAUUCAUAUCCCAAUGCUGUGGUUGAUAACGUCAAAUCUGAUGAUUCAUAUCCCAAUCCUUUGGUUGAUAACGUCAAAUCUGAUGAUUCAUAUCCCAAUGUUGUGGUUGAUAACGUCAAAUCUGAUGAUUCAUAUCCCAAUGUUGUGGUUGAUAACGUCAAAUCUGAUGAUUCAUAUCCCAAUCCUUUGGUUGAUAACGUCAAAUCUGAUGAUUCAUAUCCCAAUCCUUUGGUUGAUAACGUCAAAUCUGAUGAUUCAUAUCCCAAUCCUUUGGUUGAUAACGUCAAAUCUGAUGAUUCAUAUCCCAAUCCUUUGGUUGAUAACGUCAAAUCUGAUGAUUCAUAUCCCAAUCUUUGGUUGAUAACGUCAAAUCUGAUGAUUCAUAUCCCAAUCCUUUGGUUGAUAACGUCAAAUCUGAUGAUUCAUAUCCCAAUCCUUUGGUUGAUAACGUCAAAUCUGAUGAUUCAUAUCCCAAUGCUGUGGUUGAUAACGUCAAAUCUGAUGAUUCAUAUCCCAAUCCUUUGGUUGAUAACGUCAAAUCUGAUGAUUCAUAUCCCAAUGCUGUGGUUGAUAACGUCAAAUCUGAUGAUUCAUAUCCCAAUGCUGUGGUUGAUAACGUCAAAUCUGAUGAUUCAUAUCCCGAACCUUUGGUUGAUAACGUCAAAUCUGAUGAUUCAUAUCCCAAUGCUGUGGUUGAUAACGUCAAAUCUGAUGAUUCAUAUCCCAAUCCUUUGGUUGAUAACGUCAAAUCUGAUGAUUCAUAUCCCAAUGUUGUGGUUGAUAACGUCAAAUCUGAUGAUUCAUAUCCCAAUCCUUUGGUUGAUAACGUCAAAUCUGAUGAUUCAUAUCCCAAUUCUGUGGUUGAUAACGUCAAAUCUGAUGAUUCAUAUCCCAAUGCUGUGGUUGAUAACGUCAAACCUGAUGAUUCAUAUCCGAAUCCUUUGGUUGAUAACGUCAAAUCUGAUGAUUCAUAUCCCAAUGCUGUGGUUGAUAACGUCAAACCUGAUGAUUCAUAUGCCAAUCCUUUGGUUGAUAACGUCAAAUCUGAUAAUUCAUAUCCUAAUGUUGUGGUUGAUAACGUCAAAUCCGAUGAUUCAUAUCCCAAUUUUGUAGUUGAUAACGUCAAAUCUGAUGAUUCAUAUCC